GGGUAAUGUUCCCAAAUUCCAAUAACUCACGUUGGGGGCUUCAUACUCGUAAUUUUCUGAUACUCGCAGAAACAGCACUUUCCCAAAUAAGCAUUAUCAGUACUCAGUAGUAGUGACAAUAAACUACACAUUACCCAGAAACUUUCAACAUUGUCUUUAACUUCGAAUGGAUGAUCAUCGUUCUCUUUCUUUGCUCCAGUUUAUGGCUGGUAAAGGUCUGGUGCUGUCUCAUGAAGAGACACUCAAGAGAGAAUCCAUCAUUCACAAGCUCAAGAAGAUUGUACAGCAUUGGAUCACAAAAGUUGCUUGGCAGAGGAAACUUCCUGAAAACGUGAUUAGAGAUGCAUCAGCUACAAUAUUGAUUUAUGGAUCAUUUGGCCUUGGUGUUCAUAAUUCAGAAUCAGACAUCGAUAUUUUAUGCGUUGGCCCUAAGUUUGCUACUAUGGCAGAGGAUUUCUGUAUUGUUUUAUACAAUAUUCUUAAAUGUAAACCUGAAGUGUCUGAAAUCCGUUGCGUUCAGGAUGCUAAGGUACCAUUAAUGCGGUUUAAAUGUGAAGGGGUCACUGUUGAUAUGCCAUAUGCUCAACUUCAAGUCAUGUCAGUUCCUGAAAAUGUAGACUUGCUGAACCCAAUGUUCCUGACCAGUAUUGAUGAAACGAGUUGGAAAAGCUUAUCUGGUGUACGCGUUAACCAACGCAUCCUUCAACUUGUUCCAAACCUGGAGAAUUUUCAGUCAUUGCUACGGUGCAUCAAGUUUUGGGCCAAACAACGUGGUGUUUAUGGUAAUCUGUUUGGAUUUUUCGGAGGGAUACAUUUAGCUAUAUUAUCGGCUUUUGUUUGUCAGACGAGUCCAGAUGCUUGCUUAAGUGCCCUUCUGAUGAACUUCUUUCACACAUUUGCCAGUUGGCCCUGGCCUACUCCUGUUUUUCUGCAAGAUGGAAUAAUGCAAGUUUUGCAAGAUAUGACCGAGAAAAAAACUUGGAUACCUAUUAAACUGCCUUGUAGCCCAUAUCGAUGCUGCCAGUCCAACAUCACACGGAGCACAUUCAACCGAAUCAGGGCUGAAUUUCUCCGAGGGCAUAAAAUCACCCAGGAGAUCCUGCAGGCUGAUUUUGACUGGGAAAAUUUAUUUGAACCUUAUGGUAAUGUUUACAAGAAGCUGUAUUCCCGUUAUCUGAAAAUUUACCUUUUAGCUUGUGCGAAAGAUGAUAUGGGUGAUUGGGUCGGAUGGGUGAAGUCACGUUUCCCCUCUCUCAUUUUGAAAUUGGAGGAGAUGCGUGUUUGUUGUGAUCCGAACCCCACAGAAUAUGUUGAGAUUGGAAAUGUAGACUCGGAACAAACUGUAGUCUUCUGCUGGGGACUGAGUCGGUGUAUGGAUGUCAAUGUAACUUCACUUGAGAAGGAAUUCAGGAACGUUAUCAGCAACAGCUACCAAGGAAUGGCAGGGAAGAUGGAACUGAGAAUCGUGCCAGCUUCAGAGUUUCCUACCAGAAUAACCAAGGAAAUGAAAGCAUGCUGGAAAAUUCCUGAACAUAAUCAACAAAGAACGCCUGUAUACUCAAGGCACCUCCCGAACUACCUCAUUGGUUAUGUAGCCACUGAAGAUAAAAUAUGAUACUGAAUGGAAUUAGCCUUGCACAAAUUUGUCUUUCUUGAAAUAAAAGUACUUUGUAGCGAUUUCAUUUGUGAGUGGUCGUGUAACAAUAGAUAUAAUUAUGUACAUACAUAGGAUACGAAAUUGCUUCGAAAUGUAUAGGUUAACAUUGCGAUCUACAAUUGUACAAGAAAUAAGCAGUACAGUACACUGAAGAUUUCCUGAUUGUACCAGUGUAGUGACUGUAUACUCUUGUUCCACUUUGAUGAAGUCAUACUUUCAGAGA